AUGAGUUAUAAAGAUGAUAAAAACAACUCUCAAGAGCGCGAUUACGAACGUGAUCGAGAACGGGACUGGGAGCGCCACCACGAUCGGGACCAAGACAGGGAUCACAAGAACGAUGGAACAACCCUUUAUGUGUCAAACUUAAGCUCAAAAAUAACGACGGCGAAACUGCAGGACAUAUUUGAAGAGUACGGGGCCAUAGAAAAGUGUUACGUCAUCAGCAACCCAAUCACGAGAGAAUCCCGUAACUUCGGAUUUGUCACUUUCAACAAUCCCGAUGAUGCGAAUAACGCCAUGCUCAAGGCCAACAAAAUGGACAUUGAAGGGCGUAUUAUUAACGUAGAAGUAGCCAAGCGAAACGAGCCGCAUGAUCCAACCCCGGGAGAGUACAAGGGAGUUCAAAAUAUGAUGAAAAGGAACGGAAUGAGGUACGAUUUUUAUGGCAGAAGAUACGAGAGACCAUUUGACAGAAGAAGAUACGACACAAGAAGGCCCUACCCAUACUACAGAGAGCACGUACAAAGUUUCGGCUACCAUCGCAACAACUCGUACAGACAUUACGACAGAUACGGAAGGAAUGGAUAUGAUGAGCAUCGACAUUACGAUCGAAGGUCCAUAGACGAUAAGUACUACAGGAGGAAUGAUUAUUACAGAAGAACUGCGAGGAACAGUGACGAUGAAAGGGAGUACUCCAGGGAUGACAGUAGAAGAAAGAAACGAUUUGAAAGAAGCAGAAAGUCGUCCAGUAUUUCGAAUAGCGAGAGGAGACACUACAGGAAUAAUUCUCCGAUGGAAAGGUAA